CUUGCCUGCCCCCAUCCAUCAUCUUCCCUUGUUGAAGCAGGCAAUAAUGGAAACGACAACUCCGACAGUCGAUCCGCUACUUCAACCACCACAAAAGCAGAAAAGGUCUAGCGUGGCCUGUCGUCGUUGUCGUAGAUUACGAGCAAAAUGUGUCAAAGAAGAAGGGGGUCAGGGUUUAUGCAGAGGGUGUAUCGAUGCGGGUGUUCCAAACGAGUGUCAGUUUCUCCCUCGGGGAAUGAGUGCUAUCGACAGAGCACCUCGACCUUCCCAGAAACGAAAAAGACAAAGGAGAGACACGUCCCCUGAGCAUGAUCUGGACUCUUUCAGUUCCCAUACUGUCGAUGGUGUCUGCACCGCGUGUCACCAACAGGUUUCUCCUCAGCCCCUCAGUCCGCCUGAAAAUGUCGAGGACUUAUUACCACCCCAACAAGAGCUCAUUGACGGGUGUGAAUGGUUCUUUUCCACCUAUUUUCAGCUCGGCUUUUUGCAUAAACCAACUUUCAUGCACAGGCUUAUCAAUACGCCUACCAGUAUAAGCCGUUUUCUUCUCCUUUCCAUGUUAUCCAUAUCAGCUCGCUUCACUCCAUCCCUGAUUCAGCGAUACAACGCCCCUGCAAAUGCCGCUUCCGUCUUUGCAAAGCGCGCACAAGAACUCGCCGGACAAGAGAUGCUAGGUAACGCAACGCUCGAGCGAGCACAGGGUUUCUUUCUUUGCAGCAUCUGGAGUUGGGGUAGUGGUUAUAGGGACCGCAGCUGGAUUUUCCUCGGUAUAGCCGCCCGAAUGGCUUCUAUACUCAAAUUACCUGAAGAAGAGAAUUAUAACCUACGUCCUCAAGCUCGUGUCGAAGACGUCAUCGAAGCUGAAGUUUCUCGCAGGACCUGGUGGGUUAUUUUCAUGAGCGACAACCUCCUCAGCUCCGGCUGCGGUCGCCCGAUUUCUUUUGACCUUGACAAGGUCACUAUCCCCUUACCCCUCGACGAAGAUCACUUCUUCUUCGGCCAGCAAGGUCCAACCACCGUUCUGCCAGGGACAAAGGCUAAGCCCCAACCACGAGCUUUACAUAUCGAUCCACAAUUACAGAAAGGUUCCGUGAACGAUGUUGGUGUCUUUGGUUCCGGUAUCGGCGACCGUUCUUUGUACGGAAACCUGAUUACCAUCGCCGAUAUAUGGGCUCGAGUUGCUAGGAGUGCCAUGCAACGAACAAAAGACACUGUUGCAGCUGCUUCUCCCAUCUCGACUGUGCCACCAUGGCUUUCUGAAAGUGACUUUUGCAAAUUCGUGAGAGAGCUACAGGAUUGGGAGAGUACACUCGGUCCUAGGCAAUCAUGGAGUCAAAGCAACUUACUCGCAUAUCAACAAAAGCAGUUGGAUAUGGGGUUCAGAGGAAUCUUCCUCAUUAUGCAUCUAGCCCAUAUUGUCCUCAGACGUUCUUACCUUCCCAUGCUCGCACACGACGUUCAAAAAUCACAAACGCAUGGAUCGCGCACGUCCCCGACGUCCUCAAACGGAAGACAGGAAUAUUCGUAUCACGACGUUCCUGCACCUCCGAGGUUUUGGGAAAACAUGGUGCACGACAUGUUUUCUCACGCAUUAAAGUUGAUUGAACUCGUUGAGAGUUGGGUUCCUACACGUCCUUUUUCGAAAGGGUGUACGCCGAUGAUGGGCUUUUCGCUGUUUAUGGCUGGAUCCGUUCUUUGUUACCUUUCCAGAUGGAAAUGGCUCUGCCCUUCACUUUACCCCUAUACCGAGCGCGCAGUUCAAAGUGCACUCGUCAUGAUAGCCGACAUUGCAGUUUUAUGGCCACCUAUGGGGACUCGUUGGCAUUCUACGUUGUCGAAAGUUGCUACCGAGUCCUGUGAUACGAACGAUUAUGAUGAUUAUCAUAACAGUUAUAAGCAACCCUCACCACGAGAAAGGGGUGUGGAAGGGCUUGGGAGGAAGGCGGAAGAGGAUUUGAGUACGGAUGAUAGGGAGGGGAUGUAUCGGCAUCAGAGUGAAGAUGGAAGCGAGUCAAAUCAUUCUUCCCGCGGCGAACCUCCACGUCGAUCCCCCGUCAACCGAACCCAAACUCUCCAGUCAGUGCGGCAAACGGAGGGAGGGCGAGCAUCACUCAACGACAAUGGCAACGGCAUGCCGCAAAUCCCGCACCCUCCUCCAUCGCAUGGAGCGCAUAUGUUGUAUUCCCUUGCCACGGCUGCUAGUACUAUCGAUCCUAAGGUUGUGCCGAAUAGGUCUGGGAUUCUAGGCGGGAUGCAGGAAGCCCAGAUUGGGGUGGCCGCUCAUCCCGGGGCGGUGAUGCCAGGAGCACAUGCGGUGGACUGGCAACACUUUCAGACAGAUUUGAACCUGUUGUUGUCAGACGAUCUCGGCAGUCAUUUGGAGUAUGGGGGAGAUGGGUGGGCGUUUUAAGGGGAGUCCACCCCACUUUCGUGCGUAUAGCUUUGUUUUUAUUUUGCUGAGUUCUUUAUGUGCACGUAUUGUAGGAUAGCUAUUGCGGGUAUCGAAAGAAUUUUUUGUAAUAUGAUCGUAUGGUAUAUCAUCCUAUGAACGACUUUGAGUUGGUGGUUGCACG